UCUUUUGGUUUCCUUUUUGUUAUUUUUUUUUUUUUGUUCUUUCUUUUCUUCAUUAUUUUUUCGUAGUGCACGUUGCAUUUGAAACGUCAAGAUUUGAUGAAAGCUCAUAUUUGCGUCGAUUACCUGUCUUACGACUGGACCGCGCCUGAACUCGUCCGUGCCCACCGCGAAAUACAUUGCCAGAUGGCCGCCACCACGAUGAAACGCAAACUGUCUCAGUCUGUCCCACCUAUCAACACUCGAACCAAACAGAACAAACUUGUUCGAUUGCAAAAUGCGCUCUGGAGACAAAUGGCACGGACGUGCACACCACACCUAAGCAAGGACAAUCCAAUGGUCGAUCCAUCCGUAGUCAACUGGCAAAAAGAAUCGGAUAUUACAUGGUUAUUUGGGCCGUUGUUUUCUGAUGAUCCUCCUCCUUCCACUCGAAACCGUAUUUCCGAAAACAUCACGAAGACGCUCCACCAGAAGAAGCAUUAUGGACUCUUUUGUGGUAUUUGAAGGACUCUACCGUACACUACAUCGCCAAUCAAGCCCACUAUCGCUGGCUCGUCAACCUGCCGUUAUUAGCCAUGGCUUCCAUGUCACUCAUCAAAUCCAUCACCUCCUUCACCACCAC